AUGGCAGAGAAGAUCCUGGUGACCGGCGGAGCUGGCUACAUCGGCAGUCACUGUGUGCUGGAGCUGGUGGAGGCUGGCUAUGUCCCCGUGGUCAUAGACAACUUUCACAAUGCCAUCCGAGGGGCAGACGCGCUCCCCGAGAGCCUCCGACGUGUGCAGGAGAUCGUGCGCCAGCCCAUCCUCUUCCAGGAGCUGGAUAUCACUGACGAGGCAGCGCUGCAGGAGCUCUUCACUAAGCACCAUUUCUCAGCCGUGAUGCACUUUGCGGGGCUGAAGGCAGUGGGGGAGUCUGUGCAGAAGCCCCUGGAGUACUACAGGGUGAACCUCACCGGGACCAUCCGGCUGCUGGAGGUGAGCGGAGCNCACGGCGUGAGGAACAUCGUGUUCAGCAGCUCUGCCACCGUCUAUGGAGACCCCAAGUACCUGCCCCUGGAUGAGAACCACCCGGUUGGAGGCUGCACCAACCCCUACGGCAAAUCCAAGUACUUCAUCGAGGAAAUGAUUCAAGAUCUCUGCAAAGCAGAGAAGGACUGGAACGCCAUUCUCCUGCGCUAUUUCAACCCCAUUGGGGCCCACGAGUCAGGCAUGAUCGGAGAAGAUCCUCAGGGGAUCCCCAACAACCUCAUGCCCUACGUGGCGCAGGUACCCUCCCCAGCCCGGCUGCACCCCAGGCUGGAGGGCUUUGCGCUCACCCUCUGUGUCCCCACAGGCGUCAGGGAUUACAUCCACGUCGUGGAUUUGGCCAAGGGCCAUAUUGCUGCUUUGAAGAAGCUCAAGGGGAACUGCGGCUGCAAGAUCUACAAUCUGGGCACGGGCACCGGCUACUCCGUCCUGCAGAUGGUCCGGGCAAUGGAGAAA